CGAAUUCAUUAGCUACCGUUGUAACUGUCACAACGGACGCCAAUUGAUUCCGUAUAAAAUAUUCAGAUAUACUAUAACAACACUACAAUGACUCGGCUUUGCAUUUUGCUGUCCGUAAUUUUGUUCAGCGUGUAUCAAACAGAACAGGCAUAUUUUUUGGAGAAAGAUUACAUCGAUCAGAUCAAUGCACAAGCAACGACUUGGAAGGCGGGCAUUAACUUUGAUCCCAAAACGACGAAAGAGGCAAUCUUACAACUUUUAGGAUCCAAAGGGGUAGAGUUAGCCAAAAAAACCAAAUUGAGCGAAUUUAAAACACACGACGAUGCUUAUAACGAAUUAAACGAUAGAAUACCACCUAAGUUCGAUGCUAGGAAAAAAUGGAGAAAUUGCCGAACAAUUGGAAAGGUUCGCGAUCAAGGAAAAUGCGGAUCAUGCUGGGCAUUCGGUACAAGUUCAGCUUUUGCUGACCGUUUAUGUAUAGCCACUGAUGGAGAGUUCAACGAAUUGUUGUCACCAGAAGAACUAGCGUUUUGUUGCCAUAGGUGUGGGUUUGGAUGUCAUGGAGGCUACCCGAUAAAAGCUUGGGAAUAUUUUAAAAAAAAUGGUUUGGUCACCGGAGGAGAUUAUCAAUCGGAUGAGGGAUGCCAACCAUACAGAGUUGAACCUUGCCUUAAAGAUGAGUAUGGUAACAGUACAUGCAGUGGUAAACCAAUGGAAAAAAAUCAUAGAUGUACAAGAAUGUGUUAUGGAAAUCAAGAUCUUGACUUCAAAGAAGAUCACAGAUUCACUAGAGAUGCUUAUUAUCUAACUUAUGGAACCAUACAAAAGGAUGUUUUGGCCUACGGUCCCAUUGAAGCGUCAUUUGAAGUAUACGACGAUUUUCCUAGCUAUAAAUCAGGUGUAUACAUCAAAUCGGAAAAUGCAUCAUACCUAGGAGGUCAUGCUGUGAAAUUGAUUGGCUGGGGAGAGGAAUACGGAGUCCCAUAUUGGUUAUUGGUCAACUCAUGGAACGAAGACUGGGGCGACAACGGGCUUUUUAAAAUUCGUCGAGGCACAAAUGAAUGUGAAAUCGAUAAUUCAACAACAGGAGGUGUUCCAGUAGUUUAUUAAUAAUUAAAUUUAUAAUAUAUAUAUAUAUGUUUUAUAAUUUUUAAUUAAAUAAAAUCAGAUAUUAUAAAAAUGUUAUUUACAAAUACCAUUUGUAUGGUUCAUUUUUCAUAUGUGUCAACAUCGUUUCUAAAAUAUUAAAGAAGUAUAAUUAUGAAAUAGUA